CCUCCCAGGCCGCUUUUGGCCAUCGCAGCCUCAGUAGCCAGCGGCCAGAAUGGCCGGAGAUCUGCCCCGGAGCUCAGGUCUUCCCGAGGUGCUCUGGAGAAGCAGAGAAGAGGGUCUCAGGGCCAAUCCCCGGAAAAAAAACCAAAGAGCAAGGACUGGAGGUGCUGAAGGCCGGUACUGAGAGCAGGCUGUAGUGACAGAGACCAUGAGUGCCCGGGCCACGCGGCCCCGAAGCCGGCGAGGGAGGCAUCCUCUGCCUGCGGAGCUGGACCCUGUGGCUGAGAGCUCAGAGGAGAUAGAUGCCCCCAAUGGAAACUCUGAGAGUAAACCUGAGCAGCGGCAGGGACACCUUGGUCCUGGCCUGCAGGGCCCUGGGAACCGCACCGAGGAGGAUUGUGAUGUGCGAUCCCAUGUGGUCCCACCCGCCCUCAGCCCAGAAGAACAGUGCAAGCCAGAGGUGGAAGCCCCCCAGGCCCCCCAAGAGGCACCCCUGGAUCCUGGCCCUGCAGAGAUACCAGCACCCAGUGUGUACGAGACCCUGCAGUGCAGGCUGAGCUCCCUUGAAGCAGUGGUAGCUGCCUGGCGCCACCGCUCCCGAAGCUUUCCAAGGCCCAGAGGCCCGGAGGCUCCAGAGGCCUUGGGUGAUGAGGGAGAAGCUGCUGGGCCUGGGCAGCAGGAGGCAGCUCGCGUCAUGGAGAGGAACGCCUGGCUGCGGCUGGCCCUGGGCAACCGGGAGGAUGAGCUGGCGUUCACGCAGGCGGCACUGCGGGACGCCGAGGCAGAGAAGGAGACUCUGCAGAGACAGGUGCAGGAGCUGGAGGAUUCCCUGAUGCAGCUGAAAGCCUCCCCGCCUCCCUCCACCCUCAGAGCAGGGCAUAGAAACAGCAACUCCAGCAGCUCUGGGGCCGAAAGGAGACCAUGGGCACCGCAGGACUCCCCCAUGGCUCACCCCUGUCUCCAACGCCUCCGGAGUGACUCCAGUACCCGGAGCUUUGCGUGCCUUUCUACACAGCAUCCAGCUCAGGAGAUGUACCUCAUGGAAGAACAGAUGGGGCAGCUCCAGGGGAGCAUUGAGACGUUGAAGUGCUUCAACCGCCUUCUUCUGGCUGUGCUCCAGGGUUACAAGGGCCGAUGCGAGAGCCUCAGCAUUAAGCUGGGCAAGCGGGAAGCUGAAGCCACAGCCCUGCGCCUGGCUCUGCAGUAUAGCGAGGACUGUGAGGAGGUGUAUGAGGCGCUGCUUGCUCUGAAGACGGCUAGCCUGGGAGCUGGAGUUGGAGCUACCCAGGGUGACCUGCAGGCUGCUGAAGAGGAGGCCUCUAGGCUGCUGGUGAAGAAGGAAGCAGCCAUGGAUGUAGAGACACCCCGGCCCAGCCCAGAGGGCAGUAGUGUGGACGCGCCUACACCAGAUGAACUGGCUGCUCAGCUCCACGCCUAUGUCCAGCACCUCCGGGAGCGCUGGGCUCUGGUGAAGAUCCCCGAAGCACUUGGCCCUGCCACUGCACCCAAGCCCACCAUGCCGCAUGCAGAAGCAACAGUGCAGGCCAUUCUGGAGACGCAGCCUGGCCCCGCCUUGCCCCAGCUGGAGAAGUCUCAGAUCCAGCAGGACCUAGCGGCUACCCGGGACAGCCUGGCUGACCUGGUACUGAGGCUGCAGCUCGCACAGCGCGAGAAGCGUGGGCUGGAGCUGCGGGAGGCUGCGCUGCGGGCCCAGGGCCCCGCCCACCGCCUGCUCCUGCAGCAGCUUCGCUGGGAGCGGGCUCACCUCGCUGGCGACGGCAGCAGUGGAGGCAGCAGCGAGGAUCCGAGCAGCGAGGAGGAGGAGGCCGGGGAGGACCGACCACAGCACCACCAGGGCCCUCCUGUCCUCCUGGGUGGUCAGAUGGGCAAAGUGUGGGACUCUGAGAAUGUGUCCCAGGAACUGUCAGCGUCCCUGGCCCGGGCAGCGGACCUGCGGGCACAGCUGCAGUGCCUGCGGCGGCAGCUGGAACAGGUGGCUCAGAAGGGCCGCACCCGCCGUGCUCAGAGCGCCGAGCUGCACCGGGAGCUGUGCAAGGCUCACAGCGCUCUGGCCUUGGCCUUCAGAGCAGCCCACCGGAAGCAGGAAGAGCAACGCCGGAAGUUGGAGCAGCAGGUGGCUCGGAUGCAGGCGCUGCAGGCAGAAGAGCUGGCCGUGCUGACAACCACCGCUAGGGCCCUGGGGAGGCCGGGAGCGCCCCAGCCAGCCCAGACUUUCCUGUAGGGCCCAGACCAGGCUGGCAUGUGACCCAGAGGUGGCCGCAGUGUCACCGUGUCCUGCGGUGGGCGCAGAGGCGGCCCAGCGGCUAAGAGACUCGCUCCUGCGGGGACUUGGGUUUAAGUGCCAGCCUCAACAGCCAUGCAUGGCCCCUGGCACUCCAGGUCAGGGAGCUCUGUCGCCCCCUCCUGGCCUCUGCAGGCUCUGUACCAAUGUUCACAUACUCGCCUCACACAAGUAAUUACACAAAAUAACAUACAACCGAA